ACACGGAAAUAAUGUGCGCACACAACCCGUUCCUAUACUGUACGAGGCCGGCAAAGCUAGUUGUUCAGCAAGGAGGCAACCCCCGAAGUACUGGAAGGGGAAUGACGCGAGGGAGUCCGGAUGAAACUAGACGCUCUCGGACACCAGCACUGUCACAGGGAAUACCGGCUGAACGAGCCACCAUGUGCGUGAUACCACAAGAGCUGUUUAUAGCGCACACUGAACACACGUGCCGCUCGCAGCGUGUACGUAAGCUUCUCUGUCUUGUCAAUGUGCUUGCUUGGCGCAAUCAUUGUUCAUGUACCUCUCUUCUGGAACUUGUUCCUUGAAGGUUGACACUCACGCACAAUGGCUAAUCAUGCAAAUGUCCACCGAAGAUGCAAGGAGCAUCGACUAUAUCAUUCCACGAGACCUUUUAUUUUUUCUCUCUCACACGUGCACAAAUAUGCUGCGGGUGAACGCAUUGGGAAGUUGUCAGAAGAAACUGAGCAUAAUGCAGCGACAGCAUCUCUGCUGUGGCGUGCAAGACAAGGACACCAGACGACAUGUAGGUGGGACAAGGAAGGGCAGCACCAUUACGUCAUGUGUACCCAGUUAAUUAUUACGGAAGUCUUGUUCUUUGAUGCCGCGUUCAGAUGUGUCUCCUGGGCUCCAUUCUGAUACUGCAUUAGAUUCUGCCAGCACAACCAGGAAAAAAAACGAGUAGGGAAGCAGACUCAAGUUCGGUAAUUAGCAAGUCUGGGUCGGUUUCGCCAUGAGACGCGCUAACGAGCGAGAUGCCGCGUCUCUUUUCCUGGUCAGGUGCCUGAGAAAGCGUCACUCAGACAUAUGCUAUUCUGUAGCAGCAUACGUGUACAGUGCUAGCAGAGGUGAAUGUAAUGGCAAUUUCUUUUUGAUAAAGAAAUACCUUUUUGCUCUCGUGCUAGGUCGCAGGUGCCGGAGGUUCCCACUGCUAAGCACAAAAUGCAGGCGAUAGCGCGGGGGGACCGCUCGUCGGGGUGGUCGAGUUGUAGCUGGCUUUUCUAUUUUUCGUUUCUGCUUCUAACGAGUGAAGCAGUGGCUGCAGCUGCCAGUUUGGAGCAGACAAUUUCCUAUUCUGUCCAACAUCAACCGCAGCAGGAAGGCAUCCUCGGCACACAGAAACCCCAGACUGCCCCAACUCCUCAGCAGCUCAUUGUGCCCGUAAGCUAUCUAGGAGAUGGUUUGUCAUACUUCUCUGGAGUUCUUAGGCGUUUACCCCUCGAUGUUGCAUUGGAACGUUUAACUAGUGCUCGGGAAAUACCAACUGUGGCAGGUUUUGUUCAAAAAUAUGUGCUGGCGGCCCAGCUAUCUCGAUCCCUUCAGAGCACGGCGAACGGCGUGAAGAAGAUUCUAAUGCGUCUCGAUGCAGCCAAAAAUGAAGAAGGAUUUAUAACAGAUCUGUUGAAGUCCGCUCCUGAGGUUCAAGAAGUUCUGAGCCGUUUCCUUGGUUCUGUUGCGUCUGCACUUGCUCUUUUGGACAUCAAUGGUCUCCAUGAGGCGGUUGACGCUAGUCUCCCCGUGACAAAAGCAGUGGUCAUGCUGUACUUACAUCUAGUGAGUGUCGUACCGCCGAAACAACGGGAUCCUUUCUCUCCUUUCCUUCUUUAUCUGCAAGAUGCCGUGGGAGAGUUCAAGAUCAUGGAGGACCAUGUCGCCUCUGUUGUUGCUGGUGAGGCACAGGAGGAAAAUGUUAUAAACAGUCAACCACAGGGAACGGAAACGUCGCACAGGGCGGUAGUGAGAGGGGGCAUAAGAAUGCUACAAUCUGGGACCUCCGAAACCACGAAGCUGCGGAGGACGUGGUGGAGGUUAUUUAAAGUGGCUGCUCUCGCCGUCUUAACGAUGGCACUGCUGAAAUAUGGUACGCCUCGUGUGCGCGCUUUUCUCGAGAGAAGGCGGAUGCGCCGAGGCGGAGGUGGGGACAGUGGAGACUUUGGAGAAGAGGGGCGCUCAAAAGGAGACGUGUCAACUUCUGAUGAUAUGCCCAGAGAGCCGCCGCCGCCGUACGUUCCGCCCAUGUAUCCGUUCGCCGAACCUGAACACAGAUGGGCUGGUACGUACGGAACGUCUCAUGGAGGUUAUCGAGUACAACCGACAGCUCCACCCGCCCCUGCGUCUAUGCUAUAUCCGAGUUUACACAGGCUGGGCUACCAGAGACCAAGCGAAUAGAAGGGUUGAAGUCAGUAAUGUAGACCAAUCGGGAACCCAACGAUGUAAACCGCAUGCGGUGUGCUGGUGUUUGUGUUUGUUGCGGACGUGCAGUCGUGUUGAGUUCUCUACAUUGGUGAGUCAGGAACCUGUUGAUGUGAUUGAACGCGUGAUAAAAACCAGAUGCUCUUUUCUUAUCCAUUGCCGAUAACACAGGACUUUAUCAGGUUAUCGUCAUACAUACAAUACGCUGCAGUUCAGUAUAUGCAUGGUUCAGGCAGGCUGUGCAUACGCCUCGUCUGAUGCCGUCCUGGCUGGUAUUCGAACUUCUGUGCAGUGCAGCAUAACUCAGGACCACUUUUUCCCCUACGGAGAUAUUUAUUGUGGCUAUCCAAGCGAGCGACUUCUCCUGGGGCGGUAGAUCCGCUCGCUGAGAAGCCAGAUAACGGAACCCUCCUGGGAUGCUCCAGCAGUCACACCAAGAGCACCAUUCGUGGCUGUAUGCUUCAACGUGAACGCGACAGUGGGUUCUUCUUCAAGUAGCGACCGAAAGGUUAACUUUCAGAGACAGAGCGACAACUUUGAACAUGGCAUCGGGAAGGAUGAACAGUGAGGGGACCUCUGGCCGUUGUUAAGAUGGCAGGAGGGUAAGAUCCAAGAGAUCCGUAUCUGGAUAGCGUGUUCCCUGUCAUUGCUACGACGUAGUAAUUUAGUUCUCUGGAGGCGUAUCAGGAGUCUGACAAGGUGACGUUCCGUGCCUCUGUCAAAGAGCUGAAUGAUAGAACGAUGUGCGACCUACAGUGAAGGACUAUUUGCAUAACUCGAGGGCCAUCUUUAUUGUCUCAUACACUACAUCACUGUGGGUACCCUUAGGUU